UAAUAAUUAAUAAUUAUAUUAAUCGAAUUUCAAUCCAAAAUAUACGAGGAACUUGAAUAAAGGGACUGCCUGCCUUGAGAAAUCCUUUUCUUUUUCUUGGAUGGAUCAGCCUCUGGUAAUGAGAGCUUCCGUUCUUGUUUGGUAGCCAAAUAACGGCAUUAUCUCAUGAUUGUAUUUUGGUUUCAUGUGUUUUCUGGUAGCCCAAAUCAUCUCAUAGCCCCACACCUUUUCGCCACCUUUUUCCUUCCUUCUGUUAAAAAACGCUUGCCUUCUUCUCUAUCCCUUGUAACUCUCUUAAAAAUCAGCCAUGUCCACCAUAAAAACCUGUAGAGAAACCCUUUUAGCUGCCUUCACUGAUAAUUCAGAUAAUUAUAAGAAGUUGGUCUCGAAAUCAUACAAUAAUUAUUCAGCCACCAGUAGCCUAAUGGAUACGGAAAUACCGGCUGUGGCAGUAGUACCGGGUCAAAAGAGAAGUAGAAAAGGAGGGGAUGCAAGAAAUAAGAAGGUUGUUAAUGGUGGUGGUAGUGGAGAAUCAGAGCAUGAGAUUCACAUAUGGACUGAGAGAGAAAGGAGAAAGAAGAUGAGGAACAUGUUUUCUAGUCUUCAUGCUUUGCUUCCUCAACUUCCUGCUAAGCUUGUACAGGCAGACAAGUCCAGUAUUGUAGAUGAAGCAGUAAAAUACAUCAAGACCCUCCAACAAACCCUCCAAACCUUGCAAAAACAGAAGGUUGAAAAAUUCCAGGGAGCUAUCAUUGACUUUGAACCAUCAGUGAUCACAUCACUGACAGAUACAGUUGGAUCGAGGGAAGCCUCUUUUGCUGCUCUGGGGCCAUCAAAGAACUCCCCUUUGACCUCAAAAAUGUCUCAGAAUUCAUUUUCUGUCUCUCUUUCUCCGGCUUGCUUCCAGACAUGGUUUUCACCAAAUGUUGUCAUGAACAUGUGUGGUGAUGAUGCACAAUUCAGCUUGUGUUCAACAAGGAAGCCUGGGUUACUUGCCACCAUCCUCUACAUACUAGAGAAGCAUAAUUUGGAUGUUGUAUCUGCUCAUAUUUCCUCUGAUCAGUAUCGUAGCAUUUACAUGAUACAUGCUCAUGCCGACGGAGCUUCUGAUCAAUAUCCAGAGGCAAUGUCAGUCGAAGAUACAUUCAAGCUAGCAGCAGGCGAGAUGAACUUAUGGGUCAUGUCAUGUUGAUUUGGAACCAUGCAUCAACAGAAAGGAUGUUCACUCUUAAGACUUUGCCUUUUUUGUUGAAAAUUAAAGGGUGGUUCACAUGCAUGAAACGGGGGAUGCUUAAUAAACUAUCAGCUUGCUCUAUCUACCAGGCAACAUGGAUAUAUAGCUUCUUCGGAUCCAUGCAUAAUGUUCCAGUUAAUUAAUUUUCUGCAUAUAAUCAAGUAAUGUGAACGAUGCUAGCUAGCGCAGAAAACUGUCACAUGUCUGCACGGCUGAACAUCAGGAAAGGAGAUUAAUUUUGGUAAAUAUACCUGCACAAGACCAGAGAUAUAAAGGUUCAAUUUUAUAUUUAUCAUCUGGUACCUCCAUUUGAUAUGUUAGAUUCCCUGCAGAUUUAUUUUGUGAUUGAUUUAGAUA